AUGAAAUACGACGGGACCAAGGAUCCCAAGUAUCUAGAAGGAGCCGCCGAUGCGAUCCAAUACAGGGCCUUCCCGGUAACCUUGGCCGGGCCCAUGAUCAAAUGGUUCAACGCCCUCCCGAACGGAUUUAUAGCCAACUUUCAUGAUAUUUUGGGAAAGUUCCUGGCCCAGUUCACCACUAAAAGUGCCAAAGCUAAACACCCUAUUAGCCUGCUUGGAGUCACCCAAAGAAAAGACGAAUCCACGAAAAAAUACCUCGAUAGGUUCAACGACGAGUAUCUAACGUUCGAUGGACUUACGGACUUAGUUGCAAGUCUUUCUCUGACUAACGGCCUCAUGAACGAAGACUUCUGGAAAAAUCUCACCACCAAGCCGGUCUGGACAAUCCACGAAAUUCAAAGCGUCGUAAGGGAAUACAUAAACGACGAAGAGAUGAGUCAAGUCGUGGUCGCCAACAAAUGGCAGUACGAAAACACGGCACCUCAUAAUAAGCUGCCACCGAGAGAAAUUCAAAAAGAACACUCCAAAUCGGCAAACACCAACCGACCACCCAGGGUGGGAAAAUUCUCAAACUACACCCCCUACCCGCCCCAUCAUAGAAAUCUACAACCAAAUAGCAGAGUGGGGCAUCCUCCCAAAGGCACGACAACUGAAAGAACGGAUAGGCGGCAACAAGAGCCUGUACUGCGACUAUCAUCGAAGAUACGGGCAUAA